GAAGACGCUCGCGCUCUCUGUUCCCGGUUCUGCCACACGUUCACUGACGCGCUCCCCCCACGAACCCCGUGUAGACCACAGGCCCAGCUCCCACAGCGACAGGUCACAGCCCACAGGGACACUCGCAGGCCGGCCAUUCCAUCCAGCCUCGAACUGUCGGCCCCGGGCUCGGGGACGCCACCCCAAGCAUCAGCACCAUGAACCAGGACCUGGAGACGCUGAUGGCCUUGGAACGGGCCCACAUCCUAGCCAAUUACACCCAGGCACGCCCAGCGGGGUCUCCAGGGGACGCCCAGGAAAGUGCUGACCUCUCGCUGUGCAGGCUCACAGACCAUCACGGCUUCCUGCAGGAGAAGGAGCUGCCUACCCUCAGCCGCCGAGAGGCCAAGCAACAUCGCCAGGAGACCCGCAGGGCCGUCAAGUGGGUGAAAAUGCUAGGCAACUGGGACCACUACAGGCCCAGCGAGAAGAUGCGUCGGCACCUCUAUAAAGGGAUCCCUCCCCAGGUGAGGGGUCAGGUGUGGGCCCUGCUGCUCGAUAUUCCAAAGGUCAAGUCCACCCACCAGGGGCUGUACGAGAAAAUGAAGGAGCGGGCCCAACUAUCCUGCAAAGACAUCAGACAAAUCGACCUGGACGUGAACCGGACCUUCCGGAACCACAUCAUGUUCCGGGACCGCUAUGGCGUCAGGCAGCGAGCCCUGUUCCACGUCCUCCUGGCCUAUUCGGUCUACAACCCUGAGGUGGGCUACUGUCAGGGGAUGAGCGACAUUGUGGGACUCCUCCUGAUGUUCCUGGGUGAGGAAGACGCCUUCUGGGCCCUGGCCCAGGUGAUGAGCUUGGAGACCCACGCCAUGCAUGGGUUCUUCGCUCCGGGAUUCCCAAAGCUGGCCCGUUUCCAGCGGCAUCAUGACAUCAUCAUGAAGAAGGAGCUCAAAGGCCUGAAGAAACACCUGGAUGAGCAAGGGAUGAGCGCGGGGCUGUAUACCACCAAGUGGUUUCUGCAAUGUUUCAUCGGCCGGACCCCAUUCUCGCUCACCCUGAAGCUCUGGGACGCCUACAUCCUGGACGGAGAGCGCGUUCUCACAGCUAUGGCCUACACCGUCCUCAGGCUGCACCGCAAACGCCUCCUGAAGCUGCCCCUGGAAGGGCUGCAGGGCUUCCUUCAGGACACCCUGGCCCAGCCCUGGGCCCUGGAGGAUGAGGCCGUCCUCAGACACCUUCGGGCCUCCAUGGCCCAUCUCCGACGGAGGAAGUGCGACCUGCCCCCGCCAGCCGGCCCUGAGGAGCUCCCCAAGAUGCCCCUUGGCCAGAGGCAGGGGUCCCCAGCCCCAACAGCCCUCUUCCUCUCUCCUACCCUGGAGUCGCUCUCCGGAGCAGCCGGACUGGCCUCCCCAGUCCCAGCCACACACGCUGAGCAGCCAGAACCCCUUCCACGCCAGGCCAUGAUCAAGGCCAAGCAGCCGCUGCGGGAAGGAAGGUCGACGCAGCCCUUGGCUGCAACCCUACGGCCGGGAGCCCCUGGCACCCCAGUUCUGUCGCGGCUGCCCCGGCAGCGAUGCAGUUCCCUCCCCAACCUCCCAGGACACCAGGGGGAUAUGUGCAGGGGGCCUGUGGACAUGACCUUGAGGCCACAACCGUGGGCCCUUUUUCCUUCAGCCACUGCCAGAGCCACACCUGUGGCCACAACCCAGACCAGGCCCCAAAAUGUGUCUGGGUCUCCUGGGAUGAGGUCUCCCCAACCCAGGAAGGAGGACGCUGUAGGGCCCGGGACACCAUUCCUGCCCUGGGGCCUCCGCAGCCCCUACCCCUGUGUGCGCUUGGACCGGCCCAGCCGAGACACCUGCAGGCCAGAGCAGAGCCCGCAGCCCCAGAGCCCUGCACAUGCCUGGGCCCCGCUGACCGCCUCCUCGAUGCGCAACGUCGAUUCCCCAAGGCCUCUGGAGAAGAGCUUGGGGGCUGAGAGGCUCUGGGCAGCCAGCACGGUGCCCUGCCUCCUCACUCUGGACUUUUUAGAAGAUCGCACCCCCGCCAGGAGGUACAAGUCACUGACCUAGAGGGACCUCCGCUGGCCUGACCCCAGGCCCGGGGAAGCAGAGACGACACAAGCUCCCCACCCCCACAAUGACCAAAAGGAGAACUGAGGGGUCUGAGGCCUCAUGGCCUUGGGCAGUCCUGAGUUCAGACCCAAAGCUGGUGAAGUCCACGAAGAACACACUGUGUCCGCCUGGGGACUGGGCGUGCCCCACAGGUGCACGACUCCUACCACAGGUCACCCAGCCUGGGCGCAGCAGGGAAGUGCAGUGGGCCCCGCCCUCCCCUCCCCCACAGGAGGAGGCAAGGGCCACCAGAGCCCAGGACUCCAGCGAUCACCUGCCAGCCUCGGGGCAGUGGCCGAGGCCAGGCAGACGUGUCG